CGCAUUCAUUUGAUACAAGACAAUCAAAAAAACACCAAGUUAAAUUAUUGUUCGCCCCCCGGCCCGGAGCUCCGUCAAAAAAUGGGUCACCAUUCUUGCUGUAAUCAGCAGAAGGUUAAGAGAGGCCUUUGGUCGCCGGAGGAAGACGAAAAGCUCAUUCGAUACAUCACCACCCAUGGCUAUGGCUGCUGGAGCGAAGUCCCCGAGAAAGCUGGGCUUCAAAGGUGUGGGAAGAGCUGCCGAUUGAGAUGGAUUAAUUAUUUGAGGCCUGAUAUCAGAAGAGGGAGGUUUACUCCGGAGGAGGAGAAGUUAAUCAUCAGCCUUCAUGGAGUUGUAGGAAACAGAUGGGCUCAUAUAGCAAGUCACUUGCCGGGAAGAACAGACAAUGAGAUAAAGAACUAUUGGAAUUCAUGGAUAAAGAAGAAGAUACGAAAACCCUCUUCGUCUCCAAGCACCAACACCACCACAAAUACUACUAACUCAGAACAUUCUCAAAUGGGUUACAGUUCGAACCAACUUGAUUUUGUGAAUCAAGAUUUCACGCCAAAGCAACCUGUUCAUGAAACCCUAUUCUCUUCUUCAUGCCCUUUAUUCAUGUUCGACACAUCUUCACUUGAUGGGUCUGCAGAAAACAACGUCGUACGCGCCGAGUAUUUUCAGGAUGCGGUGGGUUUCCAUAGUACUCAUGAAACAUGGAAUAUGAACCAACAUCAAGUUCAAGCGCUUCCGCCUCCGACGACGGCGGCGUCGGCUUUUGCGGUGGGCAUGGAUGCAAAUUAUUUGCCGCCAUUGAUAGAGAACAUGGAGAAUAUGGUGCCUCUUGACGUGCAAUCGUGUAGCAUAGAUGAGGAAGGAGAGAUGGGAUUGGAGUGCUUGCAAAGGCAGGAGUUGAAUGAAUGGGUUGAAUCCCAGCAACAAUGCUCAAACUUUCUUUUCUGGGAUAACGUUGAAGGACCACUCGGUGGGGAAGAAAUCGUACCGGCUUCAUCAAAUGUGGGAGCUAAUAAUACAUUGAAUCAUGCUUUUCCUUCGUCUCUAUGAGAUGAUAAUGGUUGUGGAAAUUGUCCCCGCCACAAAAAGGCCAUUUUCCCCCCUUUUUUUGCUUCUAUUGGGUGAGGUUGUGAAUUGUGAGUAAUUAAAAAGGCAACAUAAAAAUUUGCAUGCCAAUUAAUGUUUGCUUGGUGUUUGGAAAUGGACGAGGAAAUUCAAGAAUAAAGGCAAUGCAACAAUGCAAGAUGCAAAGCUUGAUGACCACAACUAUGAGAUAUUUCCCUUAAGCUCUUGUACAUGUCAUGGUGUUGAAUGGUUGACAUGGUUUUGAUUUUUCUUUUACCUUUUCAAUAACAAUCCAGAUUGA